AUGUCGAGCCAAUUUCCAUCGCUCAAGCGCGCCCAGACGGAUUUUCCAGGGCAGUCAACUAGUCCUCUGCGACACGGAUCAACCGCGUCAACCAACUCGUCGGCCUACUCAGUCGCCUCCAGCUCCUUUGCUCCCAGCCGGACAAGCACAGUUUCCUCAAAUGCCUCCAUCCAGAGCAGCCUAGGCCACCAUCGAGGAAAGAGUGAGACGGGCCCAGCGACAAUGGAUUCCAGUGGAGGUGGAAGCUGGUCAAAUGCCGGGACGACAUAUGAGAACAUCCGACGGUCCCUACGACCUCUCCAACAGGCUCCCAACAUCAUACCCUCAGCAGCCAAGCCGCUCCCAUAUCGACACUCUCGUAGCAAUACUAUCGACGAGUCACGAAUCGGAAAGGAGCACCGGCCUAGUACUCCAGAGUCGCCUCGUGUGCAUUUCAAGGAGAACGAAUCACCUCGACACAGAGCAGCUGCAUUCGAGUCGCAAACGCCGCCAAGGGGUACAACGCCUCAACAUCUGUCUCCCACCCCUACGCCGGGGUCAUCGCGACCCUCGUCACCUCAGAAAACGCUAUCAAAUAGCCCUCACCCUCCACAGCUUACUACCGCCUUGUCGGCACCAGAACUCGAGACCUUCCAAAAGUCAUCGACGCGUCAUCUCAGAACCCUGUCCAAGAUUGCACAGUCCGGCGACAAUGAUGAUUUCCAGUUCGGUGCGGCAACACAAUCCGUGGUGGGAAUGCAAGGGCGACGACGAUUGAAGCGUGCGGAUUCUGUCGCGGGCGGACGAACCGGCGCGGUGUCCCCAGAGAAGCCCAAGGUGUCGUCCUGGGCUGCUGGAAACUGGAUGGAUCAACAGCGACAAUUCCUACAGGCCUACGAAUAUCUUUGUCACAUUGGAGAAGCCAAAGAAUGGAUUGAAAGUGUGAUUCAGAAAGAGAUUCCACCCAUUGUUGGUCUGGAGGAGGCUCUGCGAGAUGGUGUGACGCUCGCCGAGGUGGUGCAGGCCAUGUAUCCGGAUCGAGUCUUGCGUAUCUUCCGACAUGCCAAGCUACAAUAUCGCCAUUCCGAUAACAUCGCCUUGUUCUUCCGAUUCCUUGAUGACGUGGAGCUGCCCGAAUUGUUCCGUUUUGAGCUCAUUGACCUUUACGAGAAGAAGAAUAUCCCAAAGGUCAUCCAUUGCAUUCAUGCAUUGUCCUGGUUACUUUUUAAGAAUGGUAUGUUGGACUUCCGCAUGGGCAAUUUGGUUGGUCAGCUUGAAUUCGAGCACCACGAGCUUGAACAGACUCAAAAGGGCCUGGAUAAGGCGGGUGUCAGCAUGCCUAGCUUUGCAGGCAUGGCCGCGAAUUUCGGUGCGGAGCCUGAACCUGAACUGGAGCCCGUCGAGUCAGAGGAGGAGCGGAUUGACCGCGAGCUACACGAAAGUGAACAGUCGAUUGUAGACUUCCAGGCCCAGAUCAAGGGUGCCAUGCUGCGGUUGAAGCUCGGCACCAUGAUGAAUGACCUUUGGGAUUUCGAGCCUUUGUUGAUCGAUUUGCAAGCACGCCUACGUGGGGACUGGGCCCGACAAAUCAGUCAGUAUCGGCUGAGUAUGCGUCAAUUUGCCGUCCAGCUGCAAGCCAUUAGCCGUGGGUUCAUUGUGCGCCGACGACAAAAUGGUGAGAAGCAAUGGCGGGAGGCGCAGGAGACCGAUGUUCUUCAACUCCAAAGCCUGAUUCGUGCUUCGAAAGCGCGGGCAGAAACUCAACUCUUGCAGACACGCGCUCGCCGGGAGGAGAAUGGGAUCAAGCAAUUCCAAGCUGCCAUUCGAGGUGCUCUGCAACGCAAAAUUGUCUCCGACCAAUAUGAAGGAACGCGCUAUGCUGAAAACGAUGUUACGGCGCUUCAAGCGUUAAUCCGUGGUGCUUUGCAACGCAAAAUUGUCUCCGACCAAUAUGAAGAAACGCGUUAUGCUGAAAACGAUGUUACGACUCUUCAAGCGGUAAUCCGUGGUGCUUUGCAACGAAAACAAAGGAGCGUCCAGUCUCGGGAAGUUGAACAAGCUAGCAGCCCGGUCAGAUCACUGCAGGCAGUGAUUAGAGGAAAUCUCGCUCGUCAGCACAUGUCUCAAGUGAAGACGUCUCUUCAACACGAAACCGAUACCAUCACCUUCCUUCAAUCCACUAUCCGCUCCCUGGCAUCUAAGAAACGCCACGUGCAGCUGUUGGAGGCUCUGUCGAAGACUGAACACCAAUGUACCGCGCUACAGGCAAUGGUACGGGGUGCUGCUGUUCGACAGAGCAAUUCAAUUCUUCGCUCAGAGUUGGCCGAGCAUCAAUCUGCUGUCACUCUUCUUCAAGGUAUUCUUAGGGGCAGGGCGACCAGAAAAUUCCUGGAAGACCAGCAGGCUUCGUUGAGACAGGAAGAGAGUGUCAUCCUGGACUUGCAAGGGAAGAUCAGAGGUGUCCUGCAACGAAACCACCUAGCAGCAGAGCGAAGAGAACUUGAGAAGCACGAGCAGUUGGUUGUGAGCCUCCAGUCACUUGCACGUGCCGCAUUGCUUCGCAUUGAGGUUGGAGGACUUCUGGCACGACUUGAAGAUAGUGAAGAGGAGGUCGUUGAACUUCAAGCAUUGUCGAGGGCUAUGCUCUUACGGGUGCAAGUUGGCCAGGCAUUGGCUGAUCUGGAAGACGAGGAAGAAUUUAUCAUCGAUCUCCAGGCCCAUAUCAGGGGUAGCCUGAUCCGCAAUCGCUUUGAGGAGCGACGCCGACACUAUAAUGAAAACAUGGAGAAGGUCAUCAAGGCCCAAAGUGUCAUCAGAGGCCGCAUUCAAGGCCAGGCAUACAAGAGUUUGACAAGUGGCAAGAACCCACCUGUCGGUACCGUGAAGGGCUUCGUCCACCUUCUGAAUGACAGCGACUUUGAUUUCGAUGAGGAGAUCGAAUUUGAGCGGUUGCGGAAGGUGGUCGUCCAGCAGGUUCGCCAAAACGAACUUGCAGAACAGUACAUCAGCCAGCUCGACAUCAAGAUUGCCUUGCUUGUCAAGAACAAGAUCACCCUGGAUGAAGUUGUCAAGCACCAAAAACACUUUGGUGGCCACAUCGGCAAUCUUCUGUCCAACACCGACAUUUCUUCCAAAGAUCCCUACGACCUCAAGGCUUUGAACAAGACAUCGAGAAAGAAGUUAGACCAGUACCAAGUGUUCUUCUUCCUCCUACAGACUCAGUCCCAAUACCUCGCCAGACUGUUCCGUCGCCUUCGUGAGCUCAACACUUCGGACAAGGAGUAUGAGCGCAUCAGACAUUUGAUGAUGGGUCUCUUUGGUUACUCGCAAAAGAGGCGCGAAGAAUACUACCUUGUCAAGCUUCUUACUCGCUCCGUCAAGGAAGACAUUGAAACGUUCACCGCACUUCCCGAAUACUUGCGCUCUCACGCGUUCUGGAACAAGCUCUUUGGCUCAUAUGCCAAAUCACCUCGGGACCGGAAGUUCAUGCGUGAUGUUCUGGGCACAGUGGUGAAGGAGUCCGUCAUCGAUAACCCUGACCUUGACCUUGAGAGUGAUCCGAUUCAAAUUUACCGCUCUUCCAUCAACAAUGAGGAGCUUCGCACGGGUCAACGCAGCCGUCGGCGACCGGAUCUCCCACGAGAAGAAGCCAUCAGAGAUCCAGAGACUCGAGAGACGUUCAUUCAGCACUUGCAAGAUUUGCGUGACAUUGCUGAUCAAUUUUUUGCUGCUUUCGAAGAGUUCUUGUACCGCAUGCCAUUUGGUACCAGAUAUCUUGCGCAACAAAUGUAUGAGAAUCUCCUCGUGCGCUUCCCCAACGAGGAUCCUGGGUUUGUCCUACAAACUGUUGGCCAUUGGGUGUGGAAGAAUUAUUUCCAACCUGCACUACUCGAGCCAGAGAAGUACGGUGUUGUGGAUCGGGGCCUGACCCAGGAACAAAAGAGAAACCUCGGCGAGAUCGCCAAGGUCGUAGCUCAGGUGGCUUCUGGCAGACUCUUUGGAGCCGAAAACGUCUACCUUCAGCCUCUUAACUCUUAUAUUGGCGAGUCAAUACAGAGGCUCGGCCAGAUUUGGGGGUCAAUGAUCUCGGUGCAAGAUGCUGAAGCGUACUUUGACAUUGAUGAGUUCAACGAUCUCUACGCCAAGGCCAAGCCCACUCUUUACAUCAAGAUGUCCGACAUCUUCUCUAUUCACCAACUUGUAGCUUCUCAGAUCGAGUUCAUUUGUCCGCACCCGGAUGACUUCCUCAAACAGCUCGUACGGGAUCUUGGAAACGUGAAGAACAACGAGAACGAGUUGAUGGGUGUCAGUUCCACGGAAAUCAAUUUGACCCUGAACCCAAAACUUGCCCAAACCGAAGACCCUGAAGCCGAUAUCAAGACACUAUUCAUGGAGACCAAGCGAUGCAUCCUCUAUAUCAUUCGCGUCCAGAGUGGAGCAAACUUGAUGGAUAUCAUGCUUAAGCCCCCGAGUGACGAAGAUCAACAACGGUGGCACACUCUGGUACGGGAGGAGUUGAGCACAAACAACUCUCGUCGGGGUGCCUACUCGGAGGCCAGCACAUUAAUUGACAUCGGGUCUAUGGACUACGCAGAGCUCAAGGGUAUUGCUCUGGAGAAUAUUCUUCGCCUUGAGCAGGCCGGCAAGAUCAGUCGGCAUAAUCAUUACCAGGACCUCCUGAACGCCAUCGCAAGUGACAUCCGGACCAAGCAUCGUCGCCGAAUCCAGCGAGAGCGUGAGCUAGAGGGCGCACGAAUGACUUCGGCUCGCCUCAAUGAUCAAGCCCUCUACCUGGAUCAACAGCUCAAGACCUACAAUGACUACAUUGAGCAGGCCAUGAUCACGCUGCAGAACAAAAAGGGCAAGAAGCGAUUCCUCAUGCCGUUUACCAAGCAGUGGGAUCACCAGCGCGAGCUCCAAAAGUCGGGCAAGGUGUUUAAGUUUGGUUCAUACAAGUAUUCCGCUCGCACAUUGUCCGAUCGAGGUGUACUUGUCGCGUGGAAAGGGUAUAGCGAGCGACAAUACGAUCGAGUGGAUCUUACCAUCUCCAGUAACGAAGUUGGAGUUUUCACCAUUGACGGGAGCAGCGGCAACAUGAUGAUCCCUGGAGCCAAUGCUCAAGUACCACUUGACGACCUGCUGCAAGCUCAGUUCAACAACACACAAUUUAUGGACUUCUUCGACGGGCAGAUGCGAGUUAACGUCAACCUCUUCCUGCACUUGAUCAUGAAGAAAUUCUACAACGAGUAA